AUGACCAAGCUAUCCAAGACUAUACGACUGCCAUCUAAAUAAAUCCAUAAUAUUCUGAUGCGUAUUACAAUCGAGAUAUAUAAUAUUGAUAUCUUAUAAUAAGGAAUUGUUUAUGAUGAUUUGAAAAAGUAUGGCUUAACUAUCCAAGAUUAUAGGAGUGCCAUCUAAUACUAACCAAAUGAUCCAUUAUACAAUGCUGAAUUAGGAUUUACCUAUUAUACUCUUAAAGAACUUCCUGAAUCCCGAGAACAAUUAAAAAAAGCUCUAGAUAUUUUAUAAAAUCUCACACCAAUUAAGAGAAUUUGA